GAUCAUGUUCAUCCUCGACUCCAUAGCCUGGCUUCUUUCGAGGCCAGAUAUUUUGGGCGAUGCCUCGAGUGCCGAACCAGAAGUAUCCGUUAGAUGGGGUGUUUGGGUUAAUAAAACCUUCUGGACCUCCGUCUAUGGUUCUUCUUGACCGUAUGAAGCCAUUGCUCUGGGAAUCACCCCUCUUCGUGACUCGAGAAGAGGACAGAAGGAAAAAUCAAGACAUGAGGUUAAGGAGUACAAAUAGAAGUAAGAAGCGCCACAAGCAAUACGGAUCCGUGAAAGUGGGUCAAGGAGGAACGCUAGAUCCUCUGGCCGAUGGCGUUCUGGUUGUCGGCAUUAAUAAAGGAACAAAAUCCCUUUCACAAUUCUUAAAUUGCGCAAAGGAAUAUUAUGCAACCGCAAUUCUAGGCUGUGAAACUGACACGUACGACAGUGAAGGGGCUGUGGUUCGACGGGCACCGUUUGCCCAUGUAACUCCUGAAAAGUUAUCUGCUGCUCUCGGUGCAUUCAGGGGAUCAAUCAGCCAACUGCCACCUAUUUAUUCGGCAUUGAAGAUGGAUGGCAAACCUCUCUAUGAAUACGCCCGUUCGGGUACACCCUUACCCAGACCCAUAGAAGCUCGCCAAGCCACAAUCCAUGAUAUUGAGCUUGUUGGAUGGCAGGAUGCUGCGGACGGCAUGUCGCCGGGUCACGCAUAUUCAUGGCCAACUAAGCACAUUACUGAAGCCCAACGCGCUUCGUUCGAGAGUAUACAGAAACUCAUAUUGGCGGCAUCUAGUAUUUCUGCAGCCACAUCUCCGUCCCCAUCAGAGCCCGUACUCCCAGGUGCCACCAUAAUUGAUAGUGCCGAGGAAGAACUUGGAAAAUCUUCAACUUCGAAGGCGCCAGUCUUCACUCUGAGAAUGAGGGUGUCCUCUGGUACCUAUGUCCGGUCCAUUGUACAUGAUUUGGCUCACUCCGUCGGCUCUGCUGCGCACAUCGUCAGGCUGACUCGGACUCGGCAAGGGGAUUUUGCUGAAGGGACCAAUUAUUUCAACAUCCCCGGUCCCCUUCACAAUGCCAAAUUGCAGGAAAAUACUGCGGCCGAGGCGGUAGAAGCUGAACCGAAUCCCUUGACAACAGCUCACGGCAACUGCAUCCCUUGGGAUACAAGAGAAGGCAGGCGCUCCUGAAUCGGGAGUCCAAAAGAACGAAGAUGCGAGCAUGAAAGAAUGGGAGAUCGAGGUUCUUAAUAAACUAUCCCCUGUUUCGGGAUGAUUUAUGGCAUUGCUGCCUAGAGUCGCCUCUCGAAAUGGUCAGUGUUGUAUAUUGUUGGGUGCCAUUUGCAUUGGAACAGAUCAUUCUACGAAAUACUUUGCCCAUGAUUUACUCUCU